CUCAGUCUCGGCUGCUCGCCGCUGUCGCUCCGGGGCCGCGGGAUGACGCCGCCUCCUCCCGGACGCGCCGCCCUCGGCGCCCCGCGCGCCCGCGUCCGCGGCCCACCGGCUGGGUCCGGGCUCCCGCUGCGGCUGCUGCUGCUGGUCUGGGCGGUUGCCGUCGCCGCCCAAGGCCACACGAGGACCGGACCCCGCAUCUCCACCGUCUGGAGAGGCCGCCUUGGGCAGGACCGCAUGGACUUUGGCCAGGCUGAGCCCCACACGGUGCUUUUCCACGAGCCGGGCAGCUCCUCGGUGUGGAUCGGUGGGCGAGGCAAGGUGUAUCUCUUUGACUUCCCCGAGGGCAAGAACGCCUCAGUGCACACGGUGAACAUCGGCUCCACGAGGGGGUCCUGCCAGGACAAGCGAGACUGUGACAACUACAUCACUCUCCUGGAGAAGGAGGACAGGGGGCUGCUGGUCUGUGGCACCAAUGCCUGGCGUCCCAGCUGCUGGAGCCUGGUGAAUGGCACUGUGGAGUCACUUGGUGAGAAAAAGGGCUUUGCCCCGUUCAGCCCGGAUGAGAACUCCCUGGUUCUGUUUGAUGGGGACAGGGUGUACUCCACCAUCCGGAAGCAGGAGUACAAUGGGAAGAUCCCCCGGUUCCGCCGCAUCCAGGGCGAGAGCGAGCUGUACACCAGUGACACUGUCAUGCAGAACCCGCAGUUCAUCAAGGCUACCAUUGUCCACCAAGACCAGGCCUAUGAUGACAAGAUCUACUACUUCUUCCGGGAGGACAACCCUGACAAAAACCCCGAGGCCCCGCUCAAUGUGUCCCGCGUGGCCCAGCUGUGCAGGGGGGACCAGGGUGGCGAGAGUUCACUGUCGGUCUCCAAGUGGAACACCUUCCUGAAAGCCAUGCUGGUAUGCAGUGAUGCUGCCACCAACAAGAACUUCAACAGGCUGCAGGACGUCUUCCUGCUCCCCGACCCCAGUGGCCAGUGGAGGGACACCAGGGUCUAUGGUGUUUUCUCCAACCCCUGGAACUACUCGGCCGUCUGUGUGUACUCCCUCGGUGACAUCGACAAGGUCUUCCGCACAUCCUCGCUCAAGGGCUACCAUGCGGGCCUUCCCACCCCGCGGCCUGGCAAGUGCCUUCCAGACCGGCAGCCGAUACCCACAGAGACCUUCCAGGUGGCCGACAGUCACCCCGAGGUGACGCAGAGGGUGGAGCCUCUGGGGCCCCUGAAGACACCACUGUUCCACUCUAAGUACCACUACCAGAAAGUGGUCGUCCACCGCAUGCACGCCAGCCACGGGGAGACCUUCCACGUGCUUUACCUAACUACAGACAGGGGCACCGUCCACAAGGUGGUGGAGCCGGGGCAGCAGGAAAACAACCUCAUCUACAACAUCAUGGAAAUCCAGCCCUUCCGCCGCGCGGCCGCCGUUCAGACCAUGACGCUGGAUGCUGACCGGCGGAAGCUCUACGUGAGCUCCCAGUGGGAGAUCAGCCAGGUGCCCCUGGACCUGUGUGAGGUCUACGGCGGGGGCUGCCAUGGCUGCCUCAUGGCCCGGGACCCCUAUUGCGGCUGGCAUCAGGGCCGCUGCAUCUCCAUCUACAGCUCCCAAGGGCCUGUGCUGCAGUCCAUCAAUCCGAAGGAACCACACAAAGAGUGCCCCAACCCAAACCCAGAUGUGGCUCCACUGCAGAAGGUUUCCCUAGCCCGGAACUCUCGCUACUACCUGAGCUGCCCCAUGGAGUCCCGUCACGCCACCUACUUGUGGCUCCAUGAACAGAAUGUGGAGCAGAGCUGUGAGCCGGGCCACCAGAGCCCCAACUGCAUCCUGUUCAUCGAGAACCUCACGGCCCGCCAGUACGGCCACUACCGCUGCGAGGCCCGGGAGGGCUCCUACCUCCGGGAGGCUCAGCACUGGGAGCUGCUGCCCGAGAACAGCGCCACAGCAGAGCACCUGACGGGCCGUGCCCACACCCUGGCCACCUCCCUCUGGCUGGGUGUCCUGCCCAUACUGCUUCUUGGCCUGCUGGUCCACUAGGGACCUCCCGGGAUCAGGCUUGCCACUGGCUUCCAUGGCCCCGGGGCUGCUAGAAACGUCCGACUCAGAGCUGGCAGGGCCUGGGAACGCCUCACCUACUGCUGCUUCCGAGGGGGGAUGCCAGGCCUGGAGUCGUCCAGCCGCAGGUGGCUGCUGCGCCCCAGGAGGGUGGGGCAGUGGGUGGCCGGAGAAUGAAGGUGCAGACUGUGAAGCUGGGGGCAUCUAGGACCCGACACUUUGUCCCCUGGAGAAUCUUUUUCAAAAACUCUUCAAACUUGACUAAGCGCAGUGAUGCGCCUAGCCUGACAGGGAGUGGGGGUUGGAAAGGGGAUCUGGAACCCCCUCUCUGGACCUUGGGGCUGAUGCCCAAGUCCUUCUAGACUCUCUGUCUCAAAUUGCCUCCCUGCCCCCCUCCCCCCAUGGCUGGGGGUGGCUGAGCUCCUGUCGGCUGGGCCCUGCCCUCUUCAGCCCCCUCAGGCCUGGGGGCAGGCACCGGGCAGAGCCAGCCUGGGUCCCACCGGCCAGCCGCCUUGCAUGUUUAUCGAAGGAUGUUUGCUUUCCGGACGGAAGGACGGGAAAAGCUCUAUUUUUAUGUUAGGCUUAUUUCAUGUAUAGCUACUUCUGACUGCAUCUGUAUGAAAAUACCAAAACUACAUGCUGGGUGUGGGGUGGGAAAGGGAGGAAC